AGAUGAUUCCAUUUACUUUCAAACUAAACACAAACGCUAAUACAAGCCCAUUCAAUUUUCAAAUUGAGCAUGAGUAACGAGCCGAGCCAUUGGGUUCGAGCAUGAAUAAUGAGACAAGCCAAUUCAGUUCCUCAACAGGUCACAAUACUACAGCCCAUUCACUUUCAAAUGAAACAUAAUUGGUAAUACAAAACCAUUCAGUUCCGCAACAAAUCACAAUGCUACGAGCCCAUUCACUUUCAAAUGAAACACCAAUCCAUCCCCCACUUUCCAAAUUCAAAGAAAUCAUAAACAAGCCCGUUCUCAGCAGACCAUCACAGCCAGACAACCCCAGCCAGCCACGCCGGAGCGGCCAUACCCCAGACGCGGCCGCGGGCCGCGCGUCACGUGCCCGCGCCGCCUACAUGGCCGCGCCGCCUCCAGACUCGGCCCGGCGCCCUCUACUCACUGGCUCCACAAUGCCGAGCCGCCAGUUUCUCGACCGGCAGACCCGUCUUAUUGACCUGUUUCUCGAGGAGCUCGCGCAAGUGGCAGCGGCGGACGGCGCCAACUUCAACAACACCAAGCAGUUCGACGCGCUUCUCCGGCACCUCGAGCUGACCGUGGCCGCGCCGGCCUUCAGCUCGGUGCCCUCGGAAAACAUCCUCCACAUUCUCUUGACACUUGCGGCGCGCAGCCCGGCGGCCAACUGGUCACACGACCUGCUCGGCGGCUUUGCGGGCGACGCCUCGGCGUACAUGCGGCAGGUCAAUCGCGCCUAUGACGCGGCGCUCCACAAGGCGUCGCUCCAGCAGCGCAGCGUGUCUGUGUUGCGGCGGUACUUGGCGGUGGUGCGGGGCCCGCGGGCGCCGGCCGCGGACGCGUUGCGCAAAAACAUCCACAGCGUGCUUCUUGCGUUCCACCGGCCCGACGUGGCGCUGUCCUUCCGGGGCUACCGGCGCCCGGUGCUCCAGCGGAAAAGCAAGGCCGGUGCAUGGGCGCAGGGGGGCGUUCUGGCCGGAGACUUUCUGGCCGGGCACUUUCUGGCCGGAGACUUGGCCGGAGACUUUCUGGGCGGGGAGGCUCUGGCCGGCCGCGCCGUGGAAAUCAUCAGCGACUCCGAAGACUCGGACGCCUUAGAGGAGCCCUUGGGCCAGGCGGACAUCGCGCAGCACGCGUACGCGCUCGGCGGGCCGGCGCCAGAAGCGCCGUUCUCCGCGUUGGGCCUCAACACGUCAGGCUUGGGCGGCGCCGCGCCGCUCUUCCGGCAGAUGCCGCAUUUGCUGGCGGGCGGCACGCCGGAACCCCCGGGGCUGCGGCCAAAACGGCCGCGGGCGGCGUCGCCGGGCUGGAAACGCAUCCAGGUCUUCGACGACCACGUGGUGCUGCACAAGCUCCUGGCGGCCGCCGACUACGACGUGUGGAGCCUCCUCAAGUGGGCGUUUUGGUGCGCCCACACCAGCUCCGAGUACCAGACGUUCCUCUUCAACGCGGGCCUGACGCACGUGCACCACGUGUACCGGGCCACCGGCGCGUUCCUCGAGCUCUUCUUCGCGUUCUGCCACGCCGAGCUAGCGGCCAGCAUCGCGGACGGCCGCCCGAGGGCCGCGGCCAUCGCCCGGCUUCUCGGCACGCUCGGCCCGCGCCACGACUGGCACGACCGCGCGGCGCUGUACGUGUUUGCGGGCCUCGGCCGGGCCUGGCACGACAAGCCGUACCCCUGCUUCCCGCGCGAGCUCGUGUUGACGAAGAACGACCCCGCGGUGUUGAGCUCGCGCUGCAAGACCACGUGCGUCAACGACGACAACAGCCACUCCAUGGGGCUCCGCGCGCACGUGGUGCUUCUUCUCUUCCACUACGAGCAUGCGCUCGGCGGCGCCGCGGCGGGCCGCGGCUUGAUGCGCCACGUGCUGCGCAGGCUCGCCUCGGUGCCGCUCGUGUACCUCGAGGCGUUCUUGGGCCACAUGCAGACGGAGCUCGCCGCGGGGGGCGAGCCGGGGCUCGGAACGGCGCCGUUGCAGGCGCUCGACGCGCAGCUCGGCUUUGCUGUGCUCUGCGAGGUCACGGGGACGGUGUUUUCCAUGGAAGCCUUCUGCGGGCCCGCGUUCGUGUUGCAGACGGCACGCGUGCUUCUGGACGGCCGCCUCUACCGCAGCGUGGUGGAUGACGUGACGUUUGGGUGCGUGGACGACUUCGCGGCCCAGUGGCGGAGGGUCAUGGCCGUGGCCGAGUGGCUCUUUGGCCGUGCGCUCGAAGACGCGGUGCACGGCAAGCCGGCCGCACAAGCCGACUGUGUCUUUGUCGUGAAGAGCGCCCGCUGCGCGGACGAGCUUGCCGCAGCGUGCUACGCGGAGUACCUCGAGAGCCGGUACGAGGACUCGGACUUGAUCCCGGAGACUGCCUUCACGUUGACGCGGGCCGAGAUCGAGCAGUGGCGGCCCGCGGGCGUGUGCACGUUUGCCGACUUGGCGCGGUUCAAGCUCAGCGGGCGCUUGCAGCGCUGA